AUGGACAGCCACAAUGCAAGUGCUGAUGAGCAAAUGCAACUAAUCCAAAUUGACCCCAUCCGGAGGAAAAUAUCACUGGCACUGACCCAGAUCUUUGUGUGGCCCUUCAUCUACCUCAUUUUCGUCAUGCUCUUAAUAUUCUCUAGAAAGCAGACUUUCAGAACAGAGACGCGCUAUAUAUUGUUUGGACACUCUCUGCUGGUGGACCUGAUGUUUCUCUUUCUGACUGAUUUUGUUGUGCUACUGUCAUACAAUGUUGUUUUAAUACCUCUGCGCUUCUGUAUCCCUGUCUGCAUGCUAAUGGAAACAGUCACAUCAUGUGCCCCACUGACUAUCGGUGCCAUGUGUCUAGAGCGUUAUGUGGCCAUUUGUAUGCCGCUGCGACAUAAUGCAAUCUCCACAUCUAGAAGAGCCUUAAUUGUGAUUUUACUGAUUUGGAUCCUGAGCUCCAUAAGCCCCUUUGUUGAUAUGUUUAUCCUUGUUAGCACAGCCUCUCAUGAAUACUUGACUCAACUCACACACUGCCACUAUGAGAUUAUGCUUCCGGAAAGGAUUCGUCGCUUUGCCAGGGGUCUAUUGUAUAUUAUGGGAAUGGUGUUUAUCCUCAUAAUUGAGGUCUUUUGUUAUGUCAUGAUAUUCCUUGCUGCACGGGCAGCCUAUAGUGACAAGAAAUCAGCAUCAAAAGGACAGCGCACCAUUUCCCUGCAUAUCAUUCAGCUUUUUUUGUGUACUGCGGAAGUUAUGUGUCCCUACAUUGAAGCUGUAGUGAUGCAGUAUGACAUUCAAUUAUACCUGACUGUGCGCUUUUUUAAUUUCCUGGCAUUUAGUAUCACUUCCAGAGCAGUAAGCCCUCUUGUCUAUGGUUUUAGAGAUGAGAAAUUCUAUGCAGCUCUGGUUUACUAUAUCAGAUGUAAAGUGAAUGUUAUCUCUGACACAGAUAAACAUACAUGA